UUUUUUCUAAAAAAAAAAAAAAAAUGAAUAACAUUUACGAUCCUUCGUCACCUGACCCAAGCAAAGUGACGUUCUUUGACUUUGGCAAAACUGCCAGCGAAAUCUUGGAAAAUACUCGGUAUGAAUUCACUUUACACCCUGAAAUCUUAGUACGAAACUCUGAAACUACUCGAAGAGCAAAGAGGAACCGAAAAAAAGGAAUAAAAAAAGCGCCAAGACGCCAGAAUCCCUGGAUCAUAUACCGAAGGGAUAAGAGCGCCAACAAAGCGUUUUUUAGACUAAAAUCUUCAGUUAUUUCAAAAAGAGUUUCCAUUAUGUGGAAACAUGAACCAAAGGAAGUUAAGGACUUAUUCGAAGUCCUCGCGAAAAUUGCCGAAGGGAUUCAUGAAACGGAACAUAAAGAUUACAAAUAUGUUCCCGGGCCCUCGAAAAAAUCAAAACCAGAAAGAAAAAAUAAUUCAAAUGAUAUGUAUGAGGGCAAAAUCCUCUGCUUUCCAACCCCCACCACUGAUAAUACUAUGUCGACAUAUUCGGACCCUCCAACUCCAACAAACGACACCACUAUGAUUAAGCUUUCAUCAUCACCGCCUCCAACUCCCACCACUGAUAUGACUAUGUUACCAUCACCGACAUAUUCGAACCCUCCAACUUCCACCAUUCAUAUGUCUACGUUACCAUCACCGACAUAUUCGAACCCUCCAACUCUAACAAAUGACAUCAUUAUGAUUAAGUCAUCAUCAUCACCGCCUACAUUUACAAUUCCGGGACCCCCAACUCCCACAUCAAUGCCUCCAACUCCAACGACACUCACAGCUGAUACUGAUAUGUCGUCACCUAGCCCUCUAACUCCGACGUCCCCUACUCCAACGUCUCCUAUUGAUAUGCCACCAUCAGAAGCCAUAACAACAAACCCUGCGUACCUAAUUUGCUAUAAUAAUACUAUGUUGGUACCAUCCGUACCUUGGGACCAAAAUCUGUGCUUACAAAGUCCUGAUAUACCGGACUUCCCAAGCAUGGAGCAAGCAUUUUUUUCGACCCCUCAAGAUGAGGAUUCUGACGACAUUCACAACACCACCACCAACACCACCACCAGCACAACCACCACGGAAACCAUCAAGUAUGUCGAAGAAUAUUCGUUAUUUCCGGGUUUGGAGGAAAUUGAGAUGCAAUAUCCUCUUCAAUAUCCUCUUAACAACCAUUAUUAAUUGUAUGGAUUAAAAAAAAAAAAAUAUGGACUUUAUCCCUAUAGUAAGUCGUUAUAAAAGUAUAUCACAUUAAUAUACCAGAAAUAUGUUUAAAUUUUUCUACUUUUUUUUUUUUUUCGAGUUGAAAAUUUUGAGCAUGAUUUUUAGUAAAUUUCUGUGACAUAUGAUAUUAUUAUGACUUGUUAUAGGGAUAAAAUCCAUAUAAAAUCUAUACAAAGAACACGUUUUUUUUAAGUUUUGUUUAUAACAAUUUAAUAUGAAUUAUAUAUAAGUUAAAUUUUUAAGAAGUUUAAGUUAUCGACAUCUUUUGAUUAUCUCCUUUAUAAAAUUUCCUUUUUUACACUA